CACAUACCGCCUGCUGCCUGCUGCCUGUCUGCCUGAGCUCCAGGCUCUGCUGUCCUCGCCGCUCCCUCCCCCCACAUGCAGCUCUCCGUAAGGGGCAACGCUGACAUCCCCCGACUGCCUCCACAGCUCCAUUGCUCUGCGGUGCAGACGCUCGCUCUCUCCGAGUGAGUUUUUUUUCCUCUCCUCUGCUUGCUCUAGCUCUCAGGCUGAGGGAUUCAGCAGAUAAUCAGUGUGUCGGCGAGUGAGAGUGAGCGACUGAAGCAAAGAGAGAGAGAGAGCCUGGAUCAGGUGCAGGAGCCUUCCCUUCGUCUGUCUCUUUCUGUUACGCUCUCUUUCAGUCUGCCUUCAGCCUGGCACAUACAGAAGGGUAGACAGGACUCAUAAUCCAGGAACAAGCCAUCAAUUCACUCUCCUUCUCUGGGACUCACCGCAAAGGAGGGAGAAGAGGAGGGAGACACUCACAGCAGGACUUUGCAGACUGACAAGUCUUGCGUUUUUAUUUCUUUGCUCGCUCUGCGUCCCACCUCACCCUGCCCCUCCCCUCUAUCCCACCCGCACCCCUGCUUGCUUCAGCCAACACACACACACACACACACCCAGAGAGUGUAUCCAGGAGAGGACUGACAGACAUACAGAUAAACAGACGGACUGACAGAUUGCCAGACGGACCCAGUAGGAUAUGGAGUCCAAAGGAAGCGGCAAGUUCACUGUGUCCAGGUGUUUGCGCCCAGGAGACACCGUCCACGCCAGUGUUGUCGUCACAAUUCUGCUCGGGGUAUGGUGUGCUUCAGCGCUGGAGGUGUCAGUGGGGAAGGUGCCCUUCAUGGAGGCGAUGAACGGCAGCACGGUUCUGUUACCCUGCAUCUACUCCAGCUGCAUCGGCAUCAAGAACCUCUACUUCAACUGGCACUACAACGACAACGGCACCAUGGCGAAGCUGUGUGAGGCGGUGAUCCCUAUAGAAGGUGUGGAACCACGGGUGCAGGUGUACCAGGAGCGGAUAGAGUUUGUGGGCAGCAGCAAGCACAACAACAUCUCCAUCCUGCUGUUCAACGUGACCUUCGAGGACGAGGGCGAGUACACCUGUUUCGCCCGGAACCCCAAGGAGAAGAACCGCAACCAUAGCGCCGUCUUCACCCUGUUCGUGGUGGAUGAACUGAAAGUGGUUGACAAUACCGUAACCACCAUCAUCGUGUCUGUCGUUGGCGGAGUCAUCGGGUUGAUCAUUGUUGUCAUGGUGACAAAGACUGUGGUGCUCCUCAUCCUAAAAAAGUCUGCAGAGAAGAAUAAAGAGUGCCUUGUGAGCUCAGGACAGGACAACACAGAAAAUGGACUCAGCGCAGCCAAAGCGGACAACAAAGCCACACCAAAGGCAUGAAACAUGUGCACCUAUGUAUAUGUACAUAUAUGUUUGUACAUGUAUAUAUGUACACAUGAAAAUAUAUUGAACAGGCAUAGAAAGAAAGCUAUUAUCAAUGAACUGUUUUAUCUUUAUCUAAUGACACAUGUAUAACAUAAACCAAUGUGAAAUAGUAUGUCAAAUGUAUAUUUUAAAUUGUGCUAGAGAUUUUGGGGAACAUGAUAACUGAUCAGGGCUGGAUCAGACACUCCAAUGACACACCCUAAAGAUUGUGUAUCCGAUUCGGAGUUUAUUGAGGUAUUUAUCUGAAUCGCGCGAAAGCCUGCUUUCCGAACCUUUCUGGAAUCAACAUCAAUGUCUCACCAGUUACUCAUUCAUGUACACUAUGUAAAAACAUCUGGUUGACGUUUAUUGGGAUGAAUCUUGUCCUGGGGGCAGAGCUGAGCGGUUUCCGCUAGAUUUAAGAUUAAGGUUAGGCAUAAGGUUAACAGUGUGGUUAAGGUUAGGGUUAAGGUUAAGGUUAGGUUUAAAACAGAGGAGGCUGCCGGGUGGAGCUAGAGGAGGAUGGAUUCAUUGUAAUGGAAUGGAAUGGAGUCAAACGUGGUUUCCAUGUUUAAUGUGUUUGACACCUUUCCAUCAUUCCCAUUCCAGUCAUUACAAUGAGCCUGUCCUCCUAUAGCUCCUCCCACCAGCCUCCUCUGGUUUAUGAUCAGAUUUUUACUUUGUGGCUAAACCAGCUAGUGACCACCCUGCAGAGCCUCCUCCAGGACAAGAUUUGUCCCAAUAAACACACACACAGUAACUCACACACUGCCAAGUUCUACGAACUGCCAUAUUGUAUACUCUACAACAGCACAAUAUAUUCUGACCAUCUCUGCAGCUCUUUUGAUUACGAGACAUAUUUAUGGUAGCCUACUGCCCGAUAGAGAUUAUUUGUACUCUGCGCACCUUGUACAGGGGGCAAACAGCUUCCCUCCUUUAACCAUAGUGAACCUUCACAGUCCAUUUUUGACAGAAAGGCAAUGCCUUGAAAGCUGAUCCGGAACUAAUUCCAUAGAGUAUCAAUUGUGCCUAUUCAAUAGGAUAUACAGUAACUAAAAGAUCUUCACCACUAUGAUGAACGACUGCUACGGUUACUAAGGCCAAGACUCUUCAUUAGAUCUGCGUACAGAGUACAAAUAGUGUCCUUUGGACGGCAACGCAGUGGGCUGAGUCAUGAGCACAAUGUCACUGUGGAGGAAAGGACUGUGAUACAGGAGAAGAGGAAGAAGGGAGUCAUUGGAGUGUAUAUUAGAUCCAGGCCGGAAUUGGUUUGACUCAUUUUUGCAUUAGAUGAAACACAGGUGCCUGUACUCACUUCCUGCUCCCUUCGCUUUUAGGGAGCCUUAAAACCGCCAUGAAAAACACACAGAAAAAAAAGAUGAAAAAAAAAAACACUGAAAAUAUCAAAAAGAUCCAGACCUAAAGUAAAGACAAUUCCCGCGUAACCCUGUAGAAAUGAAUGAACAUUUUUGAUGCUGCUUCUAACAAAUAACCAAUGCAUUUUUCUUAGCAUGUGAAUGUUGUUUAUAUAUAUAUAUAUAUAUAUGCGACACGUCCAUACCACAGGAAAGACUGCUCUCUAGUGUUCUGUCAUCACCUGGCCUGCAUGCAUAGUGGAUCUGUAGGCUACUUGCAGUUUCUUCACAUCCAUUUCAUUCGAUGCAAACCCCCAUAGCACUAACAUGUUAAUGUGGUGACUAGCCCUAUAACAGGAUAAUGCCCUCCAUCUUCAAUACUGCAAAACAUUGCACCAUUGACUCGGAUGCCAACUACCAAGCUGGCUCAUCAUCGCUACCCCCUUGACCUUGUGUAGCCUACACUGUCCCGUAUUCAAAUCAAUUGCCAUAUGAACCAAAAGGCCCACUACUGGUAUGCAUGAGUUUGAGCUGCAGAAUGUAGCUACUACAAAGGUUCGUUGUCCGUAAUCAAGGCGUUCCUUUAUGACUCCGGCCCCUCAAGACUGAAUGUCAUAUUGCCUCGAUGGGAAACAUGCAAUUCUCAAAGCGAGCAUCUCAAACCAGGCCAAGCCAUAACUCAUCUGUUUUAAAUGUAUUUAUCUCAUUUUCAAACUGUUUCUACAGCAAAUGGGUUACUUGUACAUGCAUAUUUGUUCAAAUUCAGAGGUGCCACUUGAAGUGACGACCACACCUUUAUACAUCUAGGUGUGUGUAAAGCACCAUUGUAGUUGCAGAGCUAAGACCCAUACAUGAAUGUCCACUUCGUAGGUUUUACUCAUCUGAGACGGAAAUGUAGUAGGCCUCAUUUUCAAACUGUUUCUAAAGCAAAUGGGUUACUUGUACAUGCAUAUUUGUUCAAAUUCAGAGGUGCCACUUGAAGUGACGACCACACCUUUAUACAUCUAGGUGUGUGUAAAGCACCAUUGUAGUUGCAGAGCUAAGACCCAUACAUGAAUGUCCACUUCGUAGGUUUUACUCAUCUGAGACGGAAAUGUAGUAGGCCCCUCCAUCUCCGUCUCCUCGUCCUGAGACAGUAAAAUGUACAGGGCUUUAGGGAGAGAGUGGUGCUGUAGACUUCAGAAGGGUGUUCAUAGCAACCUUACUUGUAUAGAGUAUCCUUAUGGACAUCCAGACUGUGGUUGAUAUGAGGAGUAGAGAGCGAUGUGCUAGUAGACUUUGCAGGGAAGGUGAUGUUUGCCCCGGUUGAUUAUAACCGUAUUGUGUGUGGCGAUAGAUAGAUAAGUUAGAUCUGGACAACUAGUCUGUCUAGGGAUAAUCCCUUCUCGACCUCCCUCCUUCUAUUCCCUCACCAUGUUGAGGUUAGCAUCUUUGGAAAGGUCUCCCUCAUCACUUGACCUGCAGUACCUUUUUUUUUUAUUACCAGGGGCCCCGGUGACAUGGAGAGCCAGGGAAUGCUUUUACACCGAGCGCUGCCAUACCCACAUCCAUCCCAUGGUUGUGAUUUGAAUCCUAUAGGGUCAUUUAGUGGAUGUAGUCGUGGCACUGGACUUAACGUUUGCCAUGUAAUGUCUUAGCUUUAGAGAGCAUAAGGUGACACACAUGAUAUUGCGCCAUCGUUCCAGCAGGUUCUUGCAGAAUCACCUUGUUCACCCUUUACCGUCACUGCCGUUUCUGUAUUCUACUCAUACAUGACCUGUGUUUAACGGAAGCAAUACGACCGGCAACUUUCAUGUACUGUUGUGGUGGUAAAACAGAUGAUGCAAUAGUCAACCUAUGAAACUAGAUACUGGGUACGGAGGUGUGCUACCUGCUUUAUGCACUGGUGUACCAUUUGCUUGCAUUGAUGUGGUCCAUGGUGGCACUCCUGUCCAUUGUAUUACCCCAUUGAAAACCAGUGACACACAGAGACACACACACACUCUCUCUCUAUUGGUUCCAUGUAGUCAGUGAACCAUUACUCCUUUGACAUUGGGGAAAAGCACACAAAGCCUGCCUCUGGGAGAAAAGCAAUACUAUUCAGUUGAUUCUUGUCUGUCAGUGUCUUUGUAUAAUCAAGCCCUCCGUUGAGGUAUUCGGAAGGAUCAUGUCGAUGAAGAAAAUUAUUCAUAAGGCUAGUUAUUGUAUCCGUAUCUUGUUUGCAGAUUCAUUGUCCCUUCUGUAACUUUAAUCAGAUCUGACAAAGUACAAAAAUACCAUUAGUAUUUCUUGUGUGUUACGAAGUACAGAGUUGUCCUUCACUGUUCACUGCUUCAGUAUCUUUAGUAGAACAGUAUCUGUUCAAGCCCCUCAGUAUGAACAGUUCCACAAGCUCUGAGCUCAACUAGCCAAGUCAGAACUGAGAUCAACCAGCUCUGAGCUCGACUACCCUUGUCUGAACUGAGAUCAACCAGCUCUGAGCUCAACUAGUCAUUUCUGAACUGAGAUCAACCAGCUCUGAGCUCGACUAGCCAUGUCUGAGCUGAGAUCCACAAGCUCUGAGCUCAACUGGCCAUGUCUGAGCUGAGAUCCACAAGCUCUGAGCCUGAUUGUGCACGUCUAAGCUGCGGGGCGCAGCAGUGAGCAUGCCCAGUGUAGUGAUCCUCUAGAGGCAGUCGCAUAGCCGCAGUGAUGCAUUGUGGGCCACAUGUUAUGAUGGACGAAAAGCUGCAAUCAGCUCAAGCCUGCGUCGCCGCGGCAGAUCCACACGACUCACCCUGUGAACCAACGUCUCAGGCAACACAGACUAACAGCAUGGCUGGUAGUAUUACUUACAGCACAGUAUUAUUAGGCACCAUUUGAUACAAUCUUAUCACACUUGCACAACCAUGAAAUGAAACAAAUGUCACGUGUCUGUUGGUUUUGAUACCUUGUGCACAUUACGACAGUACACAUAAAUGCAGCAAGCCUUCAAUGAUGAUUCACUGUUUUACGACUACAGCAAAAACCGGGAAAAUGAUACAGAGCUAUAUCUCACGUUCAGUGUUAUCAAAAUACUUCUAUAGCAUGGGAAAUCCAAUUAACGCUAAUACAUGCCAUGAAUUCUCUGCAGCUCAAACAAGAAUACUCCAAUUUGCUAAUAAUGCAUUGUACAUUGCCACAAGGUAUAUGUGUUCAAUAUAAAGAUCUACAAAGAAAGUCGGGACAUAAAUAUAUCCAGUCCUAACAUUGUCUGCUUCUUAUAUACUAGAUGUAUUAAUCAUCUGAUUUGAUACUAAUAUGGGUUUCCUAUGGCCCACUGCCAGAGCAACUCCUACUCACACUGCCAAGCCAAGAGUUUGUGAAGUCUGCUCUCUGCUUCCCACAUUCCAGUGCAGAGAACACCUCCUGCUCCAACCUGCAGUAUACUGCACAGUACAGUGCAGGUCCUCUGGCCAAACUGCAUUUUAAAACUCCUUUUCUAAGUUUUAGCCCAUCAAGGCCAAGCAAACAAAUAAGCAACAUAAAGUUGUAUCUAUUUUCAUCCUUAACACAAUGGGUGUGCAUUUGUAGCCAACUGAAGCUACCCACAGCACAAUCUACUCUAUAGUCUAAUAUAUAGGAAUUUACUCUGAACUCAUAAGGUAGCCAGGUUACUGCCUGUUAGGAUCACUACACACACACAGGUUUACACAGUUUUCACCCAUGAUCCUCUACUCCACAGAGCUGUUUAGGGUUCUGAGGAGGGGCUGUUUUCGCUUCCUCACUGGCCUCACCCACAGGUGUAGGGUCGAAGUCCCGAGACGGCCAGGCUCGAAUUGACUCAAGUGGCAGUAUCAUCCUGAUGUCGAAGUACAGCGCAUUUGCUCUUUGUUAUUGGGGUUUAACGAGUGCUGUACUUCCACAAUGUCUUGCUAAAUUGUAACGACCACUGUCAAGCCCAAGCUGAGCAUGAGGGCUAAUGUGGCUCGUGCAGAGGAAAACAGCUCGCCCUCUCACCCACCAAAACACACACCCGCUUACUGUGAGGCAGUCACUGACUGACCUGACUCAACCCCCUCAGUCUCAAGAGGUGUUGCUUCCUUUAAGAACUAUAAAGUGAAUGUGCAACACCCCCCUCCUACUCCUGUUUCUGUAAUAGUGUCUAACGUCCUCCCCUCAUUUACUAUGCACCCCAAUUGUUUUUUUCCUCUGGAAUUGUAGAGAAGAAAAAAAAGCAUAUAUACAGGAAAUAAAGGUUUGCAUAAAAGGAG